UGCAAGCAGGCUGAGCGAAGACGCACGCAGCAACGCCCGCAGGAAAUACAGCGCUGUGAACAGCCUCAAGGACAGGUGGCAAGAAUGGGCUGACCAGCACAUCAUAACACAAAAGCUGAAUCCCUUCAGCGAGGAAUUUGACCACGACCUGGCCAUGUCCACGCGCCUGCACAAAGGAGAUGAAGGAUAUGGCCGCCCCAAGGAAGGAACCAAAACUGCUGAAAGAGCCAAGAGAGCUGAGGCCCAUAUCCACCGGGAGAUUAGGGACAUGUGCUUCAUCAUCGAAUCAAUGGCUAAGCCACGGCCUGACGGCAAGAUCCAAGUCACUUUUGGCGAACUCUUUGAGAGAUACGUUCGUAUUUCAGAUAAGGUUGUUGGGAUUCUGAUGAGAGCCAGGAAACACGGGCUGGUGGACUUUGAGGGAGAAAUGUUAUGGCAAGGAAGGGAUGAUAAUGUCAUAAUUACUUUAUUAAAAUGAGCAUGCUAUAACCAGAACAACUUUUGUAAAACUUCUCCCUUUCUCCCUUGCUACUAGCAUUUGCACAUUUUGAAUACAGGAUUGUGUUCACCCACAUAGAAAAGACAUUGAGCAUUUUUCUAAAUAUGUGUUUUAUAACUAGUGCAUGAUAACUCAGGCAUCCAAAUGGAUUUUUUUCUGUACCAGAAGGGCUUGCAGGACACUUAAGUUAA